GAUAGCUGAAGCUCAAAGACUUCAACUUUGCAUGAACUGUCUCCGAUCAACCCAUAAAACCCGGGACUGCUUAGGUGGAACCUGCAGGGAGUGCGGGAAACUCCAUGCCACGAUUCUUCACAGGCCUACAAAUCAAGAACCUGCUACACCUGCACAGGGUUCGAGCGACACAGUCGCAGCUCAGACCGCCGUCGAGGAAAUAAGCGUGAAUAUUUCUAGACAGCCAAUUUCUCACGUUAUACUAUCCACAGUUAGCAUACGGGUUACGAAUCCUAAGAACUCAAAAUCUGAGAUUAUCCGAACACUUCUCGACAGCGGAAGCCAGUCCAGCUUCUUGACACAACGAGUUAAGGAGAGGUUAAAUUUAGAGGCGAUACCUACAGAUAUCAACAUUAUAGGUAUAGGUAAUAACACAAAUAAUUACGUCACUGAAAGAUGUUUUGUUCAAGUCAGUUCAUUACACAGUGACUACAAUACAAAUUUAUCGUGUUUUAUUAUGCCCGAGUUGACCGGCAACAUACCAAAGGCUUACAUAGAUCGUAAACAAAUAGAUAUACCAAAUCAUAUCCAGCUAGCUGAUCCCUAUUUUUAUAUCUCUGGACCAGUCGAUGCUAUUAUCGGUGCUGACCUAUUUUGGGAGGUCAUAGGGAACAACAUUCAAUGCUUAGGCAAAAAUCGCCCAUUCAUUUGUAAUUCAAAAUUCGGUUGGGUUAUUUCAGGUCCAAUUUCAUUAAAUAACAAAAUCAAACAUACACAUUGCAAUUUCGUAUCAAGUAAUUCAUUAGAUGAUCGUUUAGAAAAACAAAUAUCAAAAUUUUGGGAAAUAGAAGAGAUGCCCAAGCGGUCUCUAUUGAGUGACAGCGAGAGGGCAUGUGAGCAGCAUUUUCAGACUCAUACCACUCGCCUCGAGUCAGGUAGAUUUUGUGUCAGGCUACCUCUGAAGGAUUCACCCUCAGUUUUAGGAGACUCAUUCAGUCAGGCAAAGAAAAGAUUCUUGAAUCUUGAAAGGCGGUUUCGCAAACAACCCCAUUUAAAACAGGCCUACGCUGCCUUUAUAAAUGAAUAUAUAGACCUAGGUCAUUGCUCAGAACUUUCUAGCUUCACACCACGAUCAGACUACUUCCUGUGUCAUCACCCUAUUUUCAAAAUUAGUGAAUCUACCAGUUUGCGUGUAGUUUUUGAUGGAACAGCGCCCUCUAGUAGCGGAAUUAGCAUCAAUAGUUUGCAGCUUAUUGGGCCGAAUAUUCAAGAUACUCUUUUUGCAAUCAUAUUAAGAUUUCGAUUUUACAAAUACGUUCUUACUGGCGAUAUCGAAAAGAUGUUUAGGCAAAUCUUAAUUAAUGAGCACGAUCGAAAUCUUCAGUUAAUCUUGUGGAGAGAUGAUGAAUCCCAACCAUUACGUGCACUACGACUAAAUACAGUCACAUAUGGGUUCGCCAGUGCUAGUUUCUUAAGUACUAGAUGUCUGUAUCAGCUAGGUGAAGAGUGCCCGGAUGAAAUCAUUAAAACAAUUAUCCAACGGGAUUUCUACUACGAUGAUCUUUUAACUGGCGCAGAUACAGAAGCGGAAAUAGUACAUAUUUUAGAAUCCGUGCAAGCCACUCUUCAAGCGGGGUGCUUCAAUUUACGCAAAUUCCGAUCAAACUUACCUAGCAUUUUUCAAAGUACAAAUUUAAACUUAGAAGACAAUCUUUGUCUAAGAAAUUCUACUAGCGCUUUGGGGUUAGGAUGGAAUCCUAAAACUGACAUGUUACAUUUUUCAUGUCAAGUUCCAUCCGAUAAAACUAACAUCAUUACUAAGCGGCAAAUCAUUUCCAGUACAUUCAAGGUUUUCGAUCCAUUAGGGUUACUUUCUCCCGCAACUAUUCAGGCCAAAAUAUUGAUACAAAAAUUAUGGAUUCUCAAGGUAGAAUGGGAUCAACCCGUACCCACUGACAUUCUUAAAGAGUGGAAGCGCAUACAAGAAAAUACAGACAUAUUAUAUUCAAUACAAAUUCCGCGAUACGUAAUCAGCAAAGAUAAUGUUACAAUCGAACUUCAUUCGUUCAGCGACGCAUCUAUGUUCGGAUACGGGACAUGUAUCUAUGUAAAAACGAUCGACGCGUACGGUAGGUCGAGCGUUCAAUUAUUGUGCGCUAAGUCGAGGGUAGCGCCUAGCGGCAAGCCGAUGACGAUUCCCCGCCUCGAAUUAUCGGCGGCGCUCCUCGCUGCUAAGCUCUGCGCGUCCUGCCUUACGUCUAUACGUGCACCUAUAGCCAAUUGCGUACACUGGUGCGAUUCAAGCGUUGUACUCGGCUGGAUUAAAACCAGUCCGACCAAACUAAAAAUGUUUGUCGCGAACAGAGUUGCAGAAAUAUGUGAAAACACACAGAGUUCAUCUUGGCGUUACGUACCUACAAAUUUAAACCCGGCAGAUCUUAUAUCUAGGGGCAUAGACGCAAAUCGUCUACGAGAUUCCACGCUUUGGUGGAACGGUCCUGAGUUCCUACUCCAGGAGCAACAUAAUUGGCCUACUUUAAAUUCGAAUAUAGUACAAGAGCUACCGGAAUUAAAAGUGCACUCAAGCAUUAUUGAACCGAAUUUAAUUAUAUUUGAAAAUCAUUCAAAUUUAACAAAAUUAAGUCGUUGCUUUUCGUACGUAUUAAGAUUCAUACACAACUGCACACAUCCGAAUUCAAGGCGUACUGGUAAUUUAACUACUAUAGAAUUACAUGAAUCAUUCACAAGGCUUGUUAUAUUUAGUCAACUGUGUUCCUUUCAAAGAGAAUAUACUUGCCUGGCAAAUAAAUCACCAAUAAAUACAAAGAGCAAGCUCUUAUCACUUUCGCCAUUUCUCGACGAAAAUAAAGUCAUGCGUGUAGGUGGACGGCUCGAUUCAUCUACAUACAGCUACGAAAAGAGACACCCGAUUGUAUUAGACGGGAAACAUCAUUUUACCAAAUUAUUAUUUCGCCGCGAGCACUUGCGCCUAUUGCAUGCCGGACCUCAGGCAUUACUUUAUUCGGUCAGAGAAACAGUCUGGCCACUGGGGGGAAGAUGCCUGGCAAGACGCACGGUCCUCGAAUGCGUACUAUGCAGGCGACAUCAAGGUCGAACUUUGAACCCCAUGAUGGGAAAUUUACCAUCACAGCGGGUGAUGCCUGCCUUUCCAUUUCAUACUGUCGGUAUCGACUUCGCGGGUCCGUUUCAGAUGCUGACUAGAAAGGGUCGAGGUGCAAAAACGAUUAAAUGCUAUUUGUGUUUGUUUAUUUGCUUCCGUUACAAAUGCGUCCACUUAGAAGCCGUAACUGACCUUUCCAAGGAUGCACUAAUUUUAACCAUGCGUCGCAUGAUAUCCAGACGCGGGAAACCAGCCCAGAUUUUCAGUGACAAUGGUCGAAACCUGGUUGCCGCAGCUAGGGAAAUUACAGAAUUUUUGAAAACAAAUCCCGUCAUAUCUGACUUCGCAGCUGACAACCAAAUUAAAUUUUCUUUUUUACCGGCGUACGCCCCUCACUUCGCAGGCUUAUGGGAAGCAGGCAUAAAAUCUGCCAAGCACCAUAUAAAGAGAUACAUAGGAAAUAACAAAUUAACAUUUGAAGAACUGAGUACACUCUUUGCGCAAGUGGAGGCUAUCUUAAAUAGUCGUCCCUUGUAUCCCAUGUCUUCCUCUCCUAACGAUAUGCUCCCUCUAUCCCCAGGGCACUUCUUGAUCGGCCGGCCGCUGACAAGUUUGCCGUCGCCGCAGAUCGAAGACAUCACCAGCACCAGCAGUCUUGACCGCUACGCGAGAAUCGAGAGCAUAAGGCAGCAGUUUUGGCGUCGGUGGCAAAGGGAAUAUAUUAGCGAGCUCCAGCAGCGCACCAAAUGGCGCACUAAUAAGGACAAACUACACGUCGGAGACCUCGUCAUUCUACAAGACGACAACCUCGCUCCACUUCACUGGCGUAUGGGCAGAGUGGUAGGAUUAUUUCCUGGCCCUGAUGGCAUUUCAAGAGUGGCGGAAAUAAAAACCACUAGAGGAGUCGUCAGAAGAGCUUUGACUCGGAUUUGCCCUCUUCUUUCGGAAACUUCAUCUUAAACACCCUCGGUGUUUCAGAAGGGGGAAUCAUGUCGGAGCGCUUUACAACCAUAGUGUAACGUCAAGUACGCAUAUAAUUAAUGUCAAUGUCAGUGAACUUUGCGUCAUCUGUCAAUGUAACUUGUCACACAAAAAUAUGCAAUAUCAUUCACUUCUUCAAAUACAACCUUCGCUGAG